UCAAACGGGGAAGCGAGGAAAGACCCACGCAGUUAGCCCUAAAAUUCCUCUUCGUGCAUCUCGCUGCACCGAUAGACGAUUUCAAUUAGCCAGCAUGCAGAAUCGGUGUUCCAUAUUCUCUCAACCCAGACAAUCACUCCUCUGUUAUCGUGGUCUCCGCUAGAGCGCUCAGUAUCAAGUAAUGCUGGAAGCAGUAACGACAAUGGGCUCAAUUUGGUUCCUCCCAUAGUAAUGUUUUGAAGUUUACACUAAUAUUGCUGAUAAAUUACGGAGCGACGAUUGCAAAGAUGCAUUCUCUAUCUCAACACGCUUCCCGUGAUUCAGGUUCCAGACAGUGGAGCGCAAACAUGGCACUCUGCCCUGUGCACAAUGGAAUGCUUAGCGACAGUGAUGACCUUGUAGGAUUUGAACUCGCAAUCUCUCUCGAGCGUGGCAAAUGUGAUAUCGUGUAUAAUAUAAGACCAGUGAUAUUAUUAUCCUUUUUUUCAACGUGCUGACGCUGGCGUUGGUGGCUAUUUGUAUAUAUAUAAUUUUUGGCUUCACUUCGGCCUACACAAUGUUGUCUGCCAGUGUGUACUGGGAUCGCACAUAGAAAUUGGGAGUUGAAUCCUUAUGCCGACUUGCCUCGACACCACAAAUAUGUGAAGAAUCUCAAUUCACAAGAAUGUUGGAGUUUUUCUUGACGCUGCGACAUUUCCUUCCAAUUAGGCUACAGUGAGCUUCUCCUUCAUACAGUCCCUCCAUUCACAUUGUUCUCGGUCAAGAAAAGUUUAGAUUUCUGGAGAUGAAUGCGGCUUUGCCGACCUUCACCCAGUUGGGUCUGUCAACGUAUUUUUAACUGACCCACAUUGAGAUAUGGAUUUUUAGUAGAAGAUUGACAGACGGAGAGGUGUAGGGAUAAGCAUAGGCGUGGCAUUGUAUCUGCGGUGUGCUAUCUCUAUUUUUCUUAUGCCAGCCUUUCGUUUUUUAUGGGAUAAUCUUGUUUUCUAAGUUUGUUUUGUUUUGCUUCUUCCGGCAUUGCCACCGAUUCCCGCUCAUAAUUUUGAUCACUUGCUUGUCAUGUUUUCGAUUGCUGUUUGUGGGUAUUUAGCUCAAGAGCCUUGGGGGAGGGAAUCUGAUUUGGGUCAGAGUGCUGAAUCGUGUAGUAGUAGUAUAGUGGCAAUGCGGUCUUGCGAUGGAUUUAUUAGGUUCGGAAGGCAGCGUGAUCUGAUGAGAAUGAUGUUUAGAGGACACAGACGGAUCUUGUUGUCUUAGGUUGAGAUCUUGUGACUGUUUUUUGGCUUGUCUGUUGUCUGUCCUUGCAACUCAAUUAUUGGCUCCCUUUAUGACGCCGUCUACAAGGACUGUUUCACAGCUUUCAUCUGUUUAAGUGUCUUCUGAGCCGAGUGCUGUGAAUCGUUAUAUGCCGCCCUCGUCUCAUUUGCCUGUUCUUCUCGGCUCCUUUCGAUUGAAUUUUUCGGUCAAGUAUAUCUACCGACCUCCUCAAGCAUGCACCGGGGAGCCAAUGGAAGAAAGAUAUCGUCGUAGAAGCUCUUCGUUCUUCUUCGCUACCCUGCCGUCCAUGGACAGUGAGUAGCUGCCCUUCCGUUCUUGAGGAGGAGCUAGUCCUCAUUGUCUCUUAAGCUGAUGAUGUGGCACCAGCAGGAAAAGAACAGCCGAAAGAUUUCCAACAUGGGAAUCCCCACUCUGUCUUCCAGGAGGCAUUCCAGCGGAGGUUUAAUGACCUUCGUGACGCUUCUCCUCUUUGCCACCUUAGCCACCUUAGUAUGGAACUACGAAGGAGUGCAGAGGCUUGUGAAAUUGUUGCCAACCGAUGGAUUCUAUAGUGGGGCCAAGCAUCCUACGAAUGUGCUUACCCCGAUUUCUUCAGCACAGAGUGAGGUGAUUCCUCGACAGGAGAUACCGGCAGGUUCAGACGCUUCGAAGAAUGAUUCUGAUGCAACCGUUCCGCAUGAAACUCAAUCUCUUCAGCCUUUAGUUGUGCCUUUGACUAUUCUGGAGGGGGCUGUGGCGGAAGGUGCAGUAUGCUUGGAUGGCUCUCCACCGGGUUAUCAUCUACACGAAGGGAAUGGGGGGAACGCCAGGAAUUGGGUUUUGUUUUUGGAGGAAGGAGCGUGGUGUGAAAGUGAAGCAGCAUGCAAGGUUCGAGCUCGAGCUCACUUGGGAUCUUCCAAGUGGAUGAAUGAUCGGACUUUUGAAGGAAUUUUAAGCAACUCAGAGGAGGUCAAUCCAGAUUUUUACAACUGGAAUCGUGUAUUUGUGAGGUACUGCGAUGGUGCUUCUUUUAGUGGCAAUUCCAGCUUGCCCACUAAAACCGAGGGAAAUGCCUUGCACUACAGAGGCGAAAGUAUUUGGAACUUUGUUAUUGAUGACCUCUUGAAGAAAGGCUUGAACAAAGUUGAGAAGGCUCUGCUUGGUGGUUGUUCAGCAGGCGGCUUAUCCUCCAUCCUUCAUUGUGACAAAUUGAGAACAGUUUUGCCGCGUGCCAAGGUCGUGAAAUGCAUGAGUGAUGCAGGUUUCUUUGUUGACAUGAAAACGUACAAGGGCGAGAACAAAAUUCAAACAUACUUCAAAAAUGUAGUUGAUUUGCAUAAUGUCAGUGGCACGCUGCCGGAAUACUGUACGGAGACACGGAAUUCAGUUGAGUGUUUCUUUCCACAAUAUUUGAUAUCGGAAAUGAAGACUCCACUUUUCGUCGUCAAUGGUGCCUACGAUUGGUGGCAGAUGGACAACAUUGUCGCUCCAGAUCCACUCGGUGAAUGGGAUGACUGCAAAAAUAAUGCUAUUAGCUGCACGAACGCGCAGCUGGAGAUUAUUCAAGGCUACAGGAAAGAGUUGCUAGAAGCUCUGAAGCCAAUACAGAACAGCAAGAAGCAUGGAAUGUUUGUUGACGGUUGCUUUCAUCACUGUCAAGCUUCAUAUGAUGCGUUUUGGAGUGGCCCGCAUGCACCUCAUGUGAAGGGAAAGACUGCAUCGCAAGCUUUGGGUGACUGGUACUUCGAGCGUGAUACAACAGCGAGCUCAGUUAUCGAUUGCGCGUAUCCGUGUAAUCCAACUUGUCCUCCAAAAACCAGUGGCCGUCUAAGUGUGGGCAGGCCCAGCUUCCGAAACUGGAGUAAGCGCCAGUGACGAUUGUUUUUUUUCUAGUUCUAAUUAUUGAAGAUUGUAUCCUUGCUAUUAUUCUGCUAUUAUCCACUGAUAUAUUAGUGUGUAGACCGAUUUCUUGCAAACACCUUCAUGAAACCACUACUAACGGUUUGGUAUGCGUGAGGAUAUUUGCCUGGUAUAGUCUUAAGUAUUUUUACCUCAAUUUCUCAAUUAAUUCUUUGAGCUUUCUCUUCAACUCAGAUGUUGCAAACUAGUUGCUCCUUUGAAACUUUUCUUUGCUUUUUGAGAGAGAAAAUUUGAUAAAUUUUUCUUCAGUCUUAUCCAUUCUUCCUGGUACAAGUGCUAUUCAAGAAUCCCUAGUACAGUUUAGUACCCAUCAGCAGCAAUGUUCAGGUGGAGGGAAGUGUACCCUACCGGUUGAUUGUUAACUAUUAUCACUGCAAGUACCAUCAUUGCAUGCUAUUUCCUAAGCCGCCCAGGGUGACUCGGGGCACGAGAAGUAAACCCCUCUCUAUCUUUUUUUGAAGUGAA